UCCAUCCUGUUAGGUUGGCAUCAUUGUUCGUUCGUCGCGAAAUGCACGCAUUGGGACGCUCGCAUUUGGAAUGUUCUUCGAAAAUCUACGUUGAUUUAUAUGAACCGCCGCCAGUGUGUGAUAAGUUUUGGAAUUUAUCUAGUCUAAAGACCGAUUUGCGUCGUUGUUCAGUGCUUGUUAGUGAUUGUUUUGGGUGACGAACAUAACGAUAAUAAGUGCGUCGAAAGUUGAAACAUGGUGCCGCUAGGACCCGGGCCUGGCCAUCCUACGGCACAUCAAACUCACAGUGGGCCCUCAACUAACUUAUCCGGCUCGAAUUCGCUAUCGCAAAGUACUCCGCAAUCUAACAAGUCAUCGGUAACGAAGCCGAAUUACACUCUCAAAUUUACACUUGCUGGGCACACGAAAGCAGUCUCAUCGGUUAAAUUUAGUCCUAAUGGAGAGUGGCUUGCAAGUUCCUCUGCUGAUAAACUUAUCAAAGUGUGGGGUGCAUACGAUGGCAAAUUUGAGAAGACUAUUGCGGGACACAAGAUGGGAAUCAGUGAUGUGGCUUGGUCAUCAGACAGCAGGUUGAUCGUCAGUGCGAGUGAUGAUAAAACAUUAAAGGUCUGGGAGCUCAGUUCGGGCAAAUGUUUGAAGACUCUAAAAGGACACAGUAACUACGUAUUUUGUUGUAACUUCAACCCACAAAGUAAUCUUAUUGUUUCUGGAAGUUUUGAUGAAAGUGUCCGAAUAUGGGAUGUAAGAACAGGAAAAUGUUUGAAGACAUUGCCAGCACAUUCUGAUCCAGUUUCUGCAGUUCAUUUUAACAGAGAUGGCAGCCUUAUUGUUUCUUCUAGUUAUGAUGGUUUAUGUCGAAUUUGGGACACAGCAUCUGGACAAUGUUUGAAAACACUAAUAGAUGAUGACAAUCCACCAGUUUCUUUUGUUAAGUUCUCACCAAACGGAAAGUAUAUUUUAGCGGCGACAUUGGACAACACGUUGAAAUUAUGGGACUAUAGUAGAGGAAAAUGUCUCAAGACAUAUACUGGACAUAAGAAUGAAAAAUAUUGCAUUUUUGCUAACUUCAGUGUUACAGGUGGAAAGUGGAUAGUGUCAGGAUCGGAGGACAAUUUGGUGUACAUUUGGAAUCUACAAUCAAAGGAGAUAGUGCAGCGACUGUCGGGGCAUACGGACACCGUGCUGUGCACAGCGUGCCAUCCCACCGAGAAUAUCAUCGCCUCCGCUGCAUUAGAGAACGACAAGACUAUAAAGUUAUGGAAAAGUGACACCUAGGACUUUAUACUGGUUGUUUUGCAUACAGUGAUCUGUAUAUUGUGGCUUCAUAUUGAGAGCCGGUGACAUUUGACCCUGUGAAUAUUUUGAAAAUUAGGAUACCCAUAGUUUAUAGAACUACGGACAAUUUGAUGAAGAUUGAGCAUAUUUCUUUCAUAUAUACGCUAAGUCAAGAGUUGUAUGUGUGCAUUUUACUUUGUUAAGAUAUUAAAUAUUUUUAUAUCUAACAUGAAAAGAUGUAUUGAAAGUUAUAGCACUUAUGUUUUAAUUAAGAUUGACUUAUUUAGGAUUUCGCUUAAGAUUAACACGUU